AUGACGUCAGCUCCUAGGUCGCCGAGCAGUGAAACAAACAUGGCGACAGAAUGGAGCGGGCAGCAGGGUUACAUUCUCACUGUCGUUAUCUGCCUGUGGAGCGCGGUCGGCGGCCGGACGGAGACGGCGGCGGCGGCAGCGGCGGCGGCGGCGGGGUCCGGCGGCAGGGGCAGCGGCGGGAGCCAGGUGCUCGGCAUGCGGCUGGAGAGGAGCGACAAGCCCUCCAGCACCAAUGACGACGGUGUCAUCCAGGUGACCGAGGAGAGCUCCGUGCAGCUCCGGUUUUACGGGGUGCAGCUCCACUCGGGCGCCUGGACGCAGAUCCGCUUCACGGAGCUCACGGACGGCGGCGGCGGGGACGAAGAGGACGGUGAGGAGGGGGAGGCGGUGGCGGUUGCAGUGGCGGCGGCGCGGGGCGGCAGCGGCAUGAUGGACGCGCCGGACAGGACUUGUGCUGAUUUCACGAAGGACAUCAACGUCGGGACCUUCAUGAACGUCAGCAGCCGAGGCACGUCGGGGGUGCUCACCGUGCACAUCAAGCCGCUGCGCAAGAGCGAGCCGCAGAAGGAGUAUGCCCUGUGCACGCGGAGCGCGGACGGCGGCAGGUGGGUGCUGCUGGGGGACAGUGACGGCAGGGUGCUGGUGGUGGAGGAGAAGAAGUCCCUGCUGCCCAUGUGGCUGCAGGUCAUCCUCAUCUGCUGCCUGCUCGUGCUCUCCGGGAUGUUCAGCGGUCUGAACCUGGGGCUGAUGGCGCUCGACCCCAUGGAGCUGCGCAUCGUCCAGAGCUGCGGCACCGACAAGGAGAAGAAGUACGCCCGGAAGAUCGAACCCAUCCGCAGCAAAGGGAACUACCUCCUCUGCUCGCUGCUCCUGGGCAACGUCCUGGUGAACACCACCCUCACCAUCCUCCUGGACGACCUGAUCGGAUCAGGCUUGGGCGCCGUGGUCGCCUCCACCAUUGGCAUCGUCAUCUUCGGUGAGAUCGUUCCCCAGGCGCUGUGCUCCCGCCACGGGCUGGCUGUGGGCGCCAACACCAUCCAGGUGACCAAGUUCUUCAUGUUCCUCACCUUCCCGCUGUCGUUCCCCGUCAGCAAGCUGCUGGACGUGCUGCUGGGCCAGGAGAUCGGCACCGUGUACAACCGGGAGAAGCUGGUGGAGAUGCUGAAGGUGACGGAGCCCUACAACGACCUGGUCAAAGAGGAGCUCAACAUGAUCCAGGGCGCGCUGGAGCUCAGGACUAAAACCGUGGAGGACGUGAUGACGCCUCUGGGGAACUGCUUCAUGAUCCAGGCGGACGCCGUGCUGGACUUCAACACCAUGUCGGAGAUCAUGGAGAGCGGAUACACUCGUAUACCUGUGUACGACGACGAGAGGUCCAACAUCGUGGACAUCCUGUACGUCAAGGACCUGGCCUUCGUCGACCCGGACGACUGCACCACCCUGAAGACCAUCACCAAGUUCUACAACCACCCGGUCCACUUCGUCUUCCACGACACCAAGCUGGACGCCAUGCUGGAGGAGUUCAAGAAAGGUAAAUCCCACCUGGCCAUCGUCCAGAAAGUGAACAACGAGGGGGAGGGAGAUCCUUUCUACGAGGUGCUGGGAUUGGUCACCUUGGAGGACGUCAUCGAGGAGAUCAUCAAGUCAGAGAUCCUGGAUGAAUCCGACCUUUACACUGAUAACAGGAACAGGAAGAAGGUGGAUCCCAACAAAAGCAAACGGGACUUCUCUGCCUUCAAACAUGACAGCGACAGUAAGGUGAAGAUCUCUCCUCAGCUCAUGUUGGCGGCUCAUCGUUUCCUGGCCACAGAGGUGAGCCUGUUCAGCCCGUUCCAGAUCACAGAGAAAGUCUUACUGAGGAUCCUCAGACACCCAGACGUCAUCCAGGAAGUCAAGUUCAACGAAAACGACAAACGCUCGCCGCUGCACUUCCUAUACCAGAGGGGUAAACCUGUGGACUACUUCGUCCUCAUUCUGCAGGGGCGAGUGGAGGUGGAAGCUGGAAAUGAAAACAUGAAGUUUGAAACCGGCCCGUUCUCAUAUUAUGGAGUCAUGGCUCUAAGUACACCGUCACUGGCCGUCACCCCUCCUCUCUCCCCGUCAGUGGCGUCCCCCCCUCCACGACGCCUCUCUCUUAAGAGGUUUUCUCUGUUCUCUCGUUUCCCAGAGUUCCGUUCUCCGUCACACGGGGGCAACCUCAACCGCUCGGCGUCUCUGAGCUGCACUGAGCGCGCUCCAGAGAGCGGCUCCGUCGGCGGGAGCAUCACUCAGAUCCCAGGAACGCCCUUCCAGUACAUACCAGACUUCUGUGUACGAGCUCUCACAGACCUGCAGUUUGUCAAGGUCACUCGUGCUCAGUACCAGAACGGUCUCCUGGCGUCCCGGCUGGACAGCUCGCCGCAGUCUCCAGAGGGCAGCCACGCUCGUCUGGACACGUCUGUCUCUUUGCCGCCUGUGACGCCACCGGGGACGCGCAUUCCACUGCCGCUGGCCACGCCUCCCGUUAAGCGCCCGCCGUCUAACGUUCAGCCGACGCCGCCGGGCAGCCGCACCACCCUGCCCCACACCACCUCCUCCUCCUCCUCCUCCAGCCGCAGGCCGAGCCAGUCUCUGCCGCAGGCCACCCCGCCUCCGAGCAACCACACCUCCCUCUCCCAAACCCCCCCGUCCUCCAUGAGUACGGCACCGUGCACCCUCAACCCUCACCCGACACUGUCCUCCAAGUCCCAGCCGUCCCCGCCCUCUGCCGGCCCCGAGAACGGGCCGGGAGAGACCACCACUCUGCUCAGUGAGCAGCAGAACUGCGUGGGCCCCCGCAGGCCCACUCACACCAUCAGUCAGGCACACACUGAAAGCACCAUCUAA